AUGAGCAACACAGUGACACUGCGCACCACCUCAACAGCCGGCGACAAGGCUGUAGAGGAAGGAAAAUGGGGUCGCUACAACGAUCCAAUUCUGGAACAGUCGCCAAUAAUCCAGAAAAUAGUAGCUGAAAGCUGCUCCAUGAAUGGCGGUACGGCAGCUGUUCUGCUUCAAAUCGCAAGCAAAGGUGUCGGCCUCGGUGUUUCUGCGCACAGCAGUUUCACUAGGCGUCCAGUCGAGCGUGCCCGGAGGAGCAUAGUCUAUAUCUACGCAAUGGCGUUUGGAAACCAAGAAGAACGUCGAAUCGUGACGGACGCGACACACCGAGCGCACUCGCGCGUGAAGGGCCCAGACUAUGACGCGAAUGAUGUCGAUUUACAGCUGUGGGUUGCGGCAACUACCUAUUGGAGUCUCAUCGUAGGAUACGAAGAGGUGUUUGGCAAACUCGACGAUAAAACGGCCGACCGGGCAUACAAGGAAUUUUCGGUCAUGGCAACUGGUUUACGCGUGCCCCCUGACAAGUGGCCCAAGGACAGAAGAGCCUUUCAGGAGUAUUGGGACAAGACGAUUUCGGAACUCGAAAUCACCGACGAAGCCAAGGCUGUUGGCCAGGACGUCAUAUACCCUGCGGGUCACCUCCCUUCAUGGGGCUUAUGGCUGUAUGCCCAGCUAACGGGCCCAUCAACCAGAAUCACCACCACGGAACUCCUGCCCGAGAGGAUCAGAAAUGAGUUUGGCCUACCCAGCACCGUCUACACAAGAACAGCGUACACAAUCUCGCGAACACUCAACCAGCUGAUUUACCCUUGGUUGCCCCAAAGUCUCCGGCACUUUCCAAAGAAUUAUUACUUGCAAGAUUUCAGGAAUCGAGUAGCAAAGGGGUCGCGUCUUUAA